UCCCCCGGCGUUCACAAGGAACUUCAGGUCUCCGAGUUCCAGGCCCUCGUUCUCCUCCAGUUCAACGGUCCUGUGAACGUGCCCGUCUCCUAUGCCGCUAUCGCAGAGGCUACGGCAAUUGAGAAGACGCAACUGGAUCGGACUCUACUUUCCCUGGCUGCCGGCAAAGGCCAGAAAGUGCUAAUAAUGAAACCCCUGUCACUGGAAAUGUCCCCCGAUCACCAGUUCUACUUCAACACCCAAUUCCAGCAUCGCCUUAUUCGCAUCAAGUUCAAUCAAAUCCAGCUCAAAGAGACGAAGCAAGAACAGGAGGAGACAGAGGAGCGUGUGUUUGCGGAUCGCGUGGCCCAUGUGGACUGUUGCAUUGUACGCAUCAUGAAGACGCGCAAGACAAUCGAGCACAAUGCUCUCCUAACUGAAGUAUACAAACAGCUACAGUUUCCCCUAAAGGCAAGUCGCUUUCGUAUCUUUUUCACAUUGCUUUCUUUUUUCACUGGACUUGUGUCUCCAGCACUAUUGUCAAGUCAUCUUUGA